CGAAGAAAGGCCGCGAUGUUGAGGCCUUUGCUGUGCCAGUUGGCGUCCAGCUGUCGGUGUUUGUAUGUGCAGCAGCGUUCGCUCUUCAGCCUCUCCCCACAUGUGCGUUUCUCAUCCAUGCCUGAGUUCGCAAAGCCGCCCACACGGCUCGACGCCCUGCUGCCCGUGUGCCUCAAGGCAGGUAGGUGCUUACGUGCGCACCAUCAGAGCCCUGACCGCACCGAGGGAGGGGGAUUGAUGAAUGCAUCUCCGCACCUCGCGCCUCUGCUGUUUUGCAAUGUAUGUGCGGUGUGGUGUGGUGUGUGUGUGUUGAUGCAGAUGGCAACAUGACGGCUCGUUUGUAUCCUGACUGGGACGCUCGCCUGGGCACCCCCACGAUAGAGCUGGCCCUCAUCAGCGCAGAGCCGCCCGAGUUGGCUCCCCCCUCCAACACGCAGUCGCAGGCAGGAGGCGAGCAGGAGGGCAUGCAAGGCUCGGUGGCCACCACAUGCGCCUUCAUGAGGCCUGCGUUCAAGAUACGGGUACGCAGCCGGGGUUGCCACGGGGGCGGUGCAUCUCUGUGACUGGAGGCGCAUCAAUCCAGCCUGUGCUUGUUGUGUGGUCUGGUGUGGUGGGUGCGUCCAUCUGUCCAUGUGUCCCUGUUUCAGUUGGAUGGUCCGAUGGUAGCGCGUUUGUUGGCGGUGGACGGUUGGGGCGUGAGCAAGCAGACGGUCAAGGACAAGGAGUCGGAGCUCAUGUACGGCGUGCGGCAGGGGUGUGUGUACCUCAAGAUGAAGGAGCGCAAGAUGGGCAAUCCCGGCUGGGGGGGCAGGGGCGGCGGAUACGGCUAUAGGAGCGGAGGGGGCGGUGGUGGGGGUGGGGACAAGGAGGGCGAGUCGCUGGCGACGCGGCUGGCGCCUGGCGAGGCGGUGGUGCUGCGCCGCAUGCUCAAGUUUGCCCUCCCCAACAUGCUCGGAUGGACCACUGAAAACACCAAAUACCAAGGUACACACACAUUCACACACUUCCGUUGUUGCCUUGUGAAUAUCGCGUGCGGUUUUCUGUGUGUCAAUGUGCUGGGCAGCUGGCUGGAAGGCCGCCCAGACCACCUAAGUAGCACCGAAUGACCGACCUUGACACACAGGACAUCACGAUAGCGGCCAAGAUGGAUAUGCAUGGAGGUAGCCCGCUUUAACAGAGUACACGUACAAAGAGAGACGAAUUGAUCCAUCGAUCCAUGGAUGGAUGGAUGGAUGGAUGGAUGGAUGGACAGACAGACAGACAGGCAGGCGAACACCCUGCGUGGGUGUGUCCGUAGCAUUGAAUGCAUUGUGUGCAUGUAUCAACGUUCUUGCAUCGCCGUAUGAGGGAUGGAUGGAGAGAGAGAGAGAGAGAGAGUUAGGGGUGUACAUACACAUAUACAGAGAGGGGCUGAUAAAACACACAUACAUACAGGUAUGUAAGGUAGAUGUGCGUGUGCAAAUAAUGGGGUCAGUGCACACAGGGACACGCAAGACGAACCUCGUGUGUGUGGACAGAGGUGUUUGUGUACAGAGUCGCGCUCUUGUCCGAUUGCAUCAAUUCAUGACACUCCA